CUCUCCCCUCCCGCUCUGCCCCGACCAUCCGCCGGGGGGAACUUUGCGCUCCACCCAUGAAAACACAGACAUAUUUAUCUAGUCUGCUUCUUCCAGUCUGAAACUUGUUUUCCCUUCACGCAGGGCUACAGACCUCCCCCCCUCCCCUACAGCCCGGUCUGCUCCAGCAGGACGAGCUCUUCCAGAGAGCAGCAGCAGCGGCAGCAGCAGCAGCAGCAGCAGCAGCACGGUCCUCCAUGGCUCUGUGCAACGGAGACAGCAAGCUGGAGAUCAGCAGUUCAGAGCAGAAUGGGUCGUGUGAGGGGGCAGUGGCCAUCCUUGAUGCAGGAGCCCAAUAUGGGAAGGUGAUUGACAGACGAGUGCGAGAGCUGUGUGUACGCUCAGAGAUCCUACCCUUAGAAACCCCAGCCUUUGCCAUCAGAGAGCAGGGUUACAGAGCAAUUAUUAUUUCAGGAGGUCCAGCGUCAGUCUAUGCAGAAGAUGCUCCCUGGUUCGACCCUGCCAUAUUCACCAUUGGAAAGCCUGUUCUGGGAAUUUGCUAUGGGAUGCAGAUGAUGAAUAAGGUUUUUGGUGGAACAGUACACAGAAAGAGUGUAAGGGAGGAUGGAGUGUUCAAUAUUGGAGUGGACAACACAUGUUCCCUUUUCAGAGGCCUUCAGAAGGAGGAACUGGUGCUGCUGACCCAUGGAGACAGUGUGGAUAAAGUUGCAGAUGGCUUUAAAGUGGUGGCUCAAUCAGGAAACAUCAUUGCUGGAAUUGCUAACGAACAGAAGAAGCUGUAUGGGACACAGUUUCAUCCUGAGGUUGACUUAACAGAGCGAGGCAUGGAGAUGCUGCGUAACUUCUUGUUUGAGAUUGCGGGAUGUACAAGUAACUUCACUGUACAAAACCGUGAGCAGGUCUGCAUCGAUGAGAUCAGAGAAAAAGUAGACAAGGCCAAAGUUCUGGUGCUACUAAGUGGUGGAGUAGACUCAACAGUUUGCACAGCCCUCCUCAACAAAGCUCUGAACCAGGACCAAGUGAUCGCCGUUCACAUCGACAACGGCUUCAUGAGGAAGAGGGAGAGUCAAAGUGUGGAAGAGGCCCUCACCAGGCUGGGGAUCAAACUCAAAGUGGUGAAUGCAGCACACACCUUCUACAAUGGAACUACAACCCUUCCCAUCUCAGAGGAGGACCGGACGCCACGGAAGAGAAUCAGCAAGACCUUGAAUAUGACCACCAACCCCGAGGAGAAGAGGAAAAUCAUUGGAGAUACAUUUGUCAAAGUGGCGAAUGAAGUAAUUGGAGAGAUGAAUCUGAAACCAGAAGACGUUUUCCUGGCGCAGGGUACUCUGAGGCCUGAUCUCAUUGAGAGUGCUUCUCAUCUUGCCAGCGGCAAGGCAGAGGUCAUCAAAACGCAUCACAACGACACAGAGCUCAUCCGCAAACUCAGAGAUGAGGGGAAAGUAAUCGAACCUCUUAAAGAUUUCCAUAAAGAUGAGGUGAGAGCACUGGGGAGAGAGCUGGGCCUACCAGAGGAGAUUGUCUCUCGGCAUCCCUUCCCUGGUCCUGGUUUAUCCAUCAGAGUGAUUUGUGCAGAGGAACCUUACAUUUGUAAGGAUUUUGCUGAAACAAACAACAUUCUCAAAAUCAUAACAGACUUUUCUGCAAGUGUCAAAAAGCCCCAUGCCUUGCUCCAGAGAGUGAAGUCAUGCAUGUCAGACGAGGAGGAGGAGAAGCUCAUGCAGAUCACCAGCCUUCAUUCACUCAAUGCCUUCCUGCUGCCAAUCAAAACUGUUGGUGUCCAGGGCGAUUGCCGCUCCUACAGUUACGUGUGUGGUGUGACCAGUAAAGAAUCUCCACACUGGGAAUCCCUCAUGUUCCUGGCUAGACUCAUCCCUCGCAUUUGCCAUACUAUCAAUAGAGUUGUGUAUGUAUUUGGUUCGCAUGUAAAGGAGCCACCAACAGACAUUACCCCGACUUUCCUGACCACAGGUGUUCUGAGCACGCUCAGACAGGCCGACUUUGUGGCUCAUUCUAUUCUUAGAGAGUCUGGCUAUUCCAGCAAGAUCAGCCAGAUGCCGAUCAUCCUCGCCCCCCUGCACUUUGAUCGUGACCCUCUGCAAAAGCAGCCCUCCUGCCGGCGUUCUGUUGUGGUCCGCACCUUCAUCACCAGCGACUUCAUGACUGGCAUCGCGGCCAUGCCUGGCAAUCACAUCCCAGAGGAGGUCGUGCUGAAAAUGGUAAAUGAGAUCAACAAAAUCCCCGGCAUCUCCAGAGUCAUGUUUGACCUGACCUCCAAACCACCCGGGACCACGGAGUGGGAAUAAAACGCAACAUUGCUGCAUAUCGAUAGGACACACACACAAUGCACAAACACACUGCAAAUAUAGUGGGGCUUGUGAACUGCUCUCCUUGUCUGCCCUUCCCACCCUUCCCAACCCCAACCCCAGAUCCCUCCUCCCUCCCGUACUUCCCGUAUAUCUUCAACAUUCCUCCAGAGGGCAGACUAUACUGUGACAGGCGCUCACGCAGAGGUGCCACUGCUCUGCUGUUCCCACCACUCCUCCCUGGUCUUAAUGUUUUUGGCGAUAGGAUUGAUUUAAUGUUGGUUAAUAAUAAUAUAUUGUCAUUCUGAUUCAUGUAUAACGAUGCAUUUCCUUGCUAUGAUGAAAAGGUCUAUUGCUGCUUCCUUUUCUGAGGUCAACCAUUAAAAGCAAGUGGCGAGAAGCUGUGACGGUAAAGUGGACUUGAUGUUGUGCCUCAGAAUACGUUAUAGGAUGUGUGAAACAUGAAGACAUGUAAACAGUAGUGCCAUUAAAGAAAUAAAGAUAAAGAGAAAAAAAAGUCAGUUGGAGGGGAACCAUUGAAACUCUUCAGCAGUUGCUUUCUUGUUCAAUGUUUUUGUUUUGCUGCUGUAGGUCAGAAUGCUCUCAGCUUAAGACUAUCCUCUAUUCGUUCAUUCUCACUUUCUGCCUGUUUACUGUGCUGUGACGAAGGUUGUCUGAACAGAACCAUUUUUAAACUUCUUUUGCCAAAAGUACAAUAUGCUGUAGUAAUGCUAACUCCAUGGGCUCCUGACGAUCUUUUCCAAAAACCUUUUAUUUUCCCCUCUUUUUGCCAGCAGCUGUUGACUUGUUGCCGUGCCCGUCGUGGACGGCAGUAAAACCCAAGAAUAGUUUCAGUGUUUCUCCUGGGCAGCUGUGAAGGAGGCCGGUGGGAUUUGUAACUUUGUACGUGCCCGUUCUGUGGUUAAUCGUUGGUGUGACUAGACCUGGACUCUUAUGUGUCCAGAGAGGAGGAUAUAACGCCGCCAUCCUCGCGCUGCAAUAUGUAUGCUUUUUGUGAAGAAACAUUAAAAGGCAAGGAGGACUAAUAUUAAAUUUCUAAGUACAGUAGAAUUUAUAACCACAUUGUGUCAGUUGCUGUUGUCACUUCAUGAUUUGGCUGCUCUUGCGUUGUACGGGGGCACAUUUCUUUUGCAUACAGGACUGUCUCAGAAAAUUAGAUUAUUGUGAUAAAGUUCUUUAUUUUCUGUAAUGCAAUUUAAAAAAAAAAAAAAAAAA